AUGGCACACAUGUCGGCCUUUCUCGCCACCACGCCCGACUUUGGCCUGCUUGGUACGCCAUCGUCCAACCCGAGCUCGGACGACGACAGCGCUGCCCAGGCCAAGAAGCAUGCUCGGCCGAAGCACGAGAUCGAGGUCCUCCACGCCAAGCACAUGGAGCUACAACGCCAACUGCAGCUCCUCCAGCUUUUGCGCGCGCCACCGAGACCGCUCACGCCGUGGCAAGCACGUGCGAUGCGUCAGGCCGAGGCUGCCCAACGAACGCUGCAAGAAAACAGUCGCCUCAAGCGCCUCGUGAACGACCAGCGCAAGGUCCUCGCUUCUCUCGAGCGCAGCUUGCGGAAAUGCCCGCGCCUCUUGUCCCGGGACCCUACUACCCACACUGAGGACGACGACACGACGCCGUUCAAGCGUCUCUUGCAGCGACAAUUCGACAAGAUGGAGUCCGAGUGGAUUCAACGUCGGCUCUACGACGGGACGGCGCCAUUGCGGUACACGAUGGUUGAGCGCGGCACCGAGGACGGGGCGAUUGCGAGCUUUCAUUUUGUCGCUAAAAUGAUCGCACCGCUCGACUACACGUCGAUGGCCCACGUGUUUUGGACGCACAAGACGGGGUUGCUCGGCCCGUCGUGCUCGGUACACCGCACGAUCGACCACAAUAUUGUCUAUAUGCGAGAGCUCACACGCUACGCCGACCUCCAUGUCCCCGUCAUGGAGACGCACGACUGUUUUGGCCGCUUCCACGAGCCAGGCCGGGUAGUGAUGGUGUGGCGAAGUGUGGGGCAAGACGAGACGAUCACGGCCCACGGCACCGACCAUCUCGUUGGUCACCGCUGGGGCUGGCUCGUGGUCGAGGAAACGACUGCGUCCGAGUGCAGUGUUCAGUGUAGCAUGACAACGAAUAUACCGACAAUUCCAGCCAGCGCCAGUGCGACCGAGGUAGCGGCGUGGACCGACCGCCUCGUCCAGUCGUCGCACACGAGCAAGGACGCGUUGGGCGCUGUGGUUCAGGCCGCAGUCCUCGAGCGCCGGGAGCAACUCGAGUCGUUUUACGGCUAA